GGACUACUUUUUUCGUAGAGGGAGAGGAGGUGGGUCACGUGGGUACCCCACCCGCCCCGAAAGAAAAGUGCUCCUCCUCCGCGGGAGAAAGGCGAGCUCCUCGCUCGGAACUGCCGAAACUAGCAGUGAGACCUCGCCGUCCGCGAGCGAAGGGGCAAGGCGCGGCGCAAAGGUCCGUUCCCACGCUAGCCCACGCGCACGCCAAACACUCGGUUUUCUGCUAGAAAAAGAAAGAAAAAGUCCUAGUGUCCGCUUCAUUGGAGAGUCCCAAGCCGGGACCAUAGGGUUAUAAGGGAACGCUUCUUGUUGCAAGACUUCGAAGAGUCCUCUGCGCGACACCAGGAGAAGAACAAGUCGCAGUCCGUUGGUUCGUCCGGUGAUCGUGACGACGCAAAAAGGGGGUCGCAGAAACGUAUAUAAAAAACGGCACAAAACAGUCGAUAACACAAAAAAUAGAAAGAGAGACUGUCGUCCUGUGUCCGAGGAUGGUGCUGCUCCGAUUGUGGUGAGAGGAUCGUCGGGUGCUUCGGGGAGGUGACACGCGACUUGGCUUCGGACAUCGGGGAGAGAAGAUGGUCUCCCCGGGUCUGGCUAAAGGAUGGUUGCUCCUAGCAUCCUUUCUACUCACGCUCUACAGUGUUCUCGCUGCAAAUUACCCGACGGAUCCAUACAACGUCCGGUACCGGGACUACCCACGAUAUAACCAGUCGGGAGGACAAAACGGACGAAACGGAAGGAGAGGCUACAACGGCUACACCGAACAGAGGAACUGCAGCUCGUGCGCGGGAUGCAGAUGCAUAGGAGAAAAAGGCACUAGGGGCACGCCCGGUGUGUCGGGACCACCGGGACCCCCUGGAACGCAAGGACACCAAGGGCCUGAGGGUCUCCCUGGAGACAAAGGCGAGAAGGGUGACGCUGGACGAGACGGCCCCAGGGGCCCCAAGGGUGAAAGAGGAAGGAUGGGAAUGCCCGGUUUUCCUGGCAUCAAUGGAAUACCGGGAAUUCCCGGUACACCUGGAUCUAGGGGACCUCCUGGCUUGGACGGAUGCAAUGGAACAAAGGGAGAUCCAGGUGGCCCCGGCCUCCCCGGUCCCCUCGGACCUCCCGGUCCCCCGGGCACCCCUGGUCCGCCAGGCUUCAAAGGAGAACCUGCUUACGGCCAACCCGGAAGUAAAGGAGAGAAAGGGGAGCCAGGACGAAACGGGCAAGUUGGACCACCGGGAAACCCUGGGGCUGACGGUCUUCCAGGAGCAAGGGGCGACCCCGGACCAGAAGGACCUCCGGGUUUUAGAGGUGUGGAAGGACCAGUGGGACCGAAAGGCAACAUGGGCAUCGGAUUCUCAGGAAACAAGGGAGAACCUGGGGAGAAAGGUCCCAAGGGUCAAAAGGGACCGCCCGGAAACUGCACGGAGCCUGUUGGGAAGCCCCCGGACAGCAUUGCCGGCCCACCGGGACCCCCAGGAAUGAAAGGAAUGAAGGGAGAACCUGGAUUUAAGGGUGAGCAUGGGCUUCCUGGUAACCCUGGACAACCUGGCAGACACGGAGACCUCGGAAUGAAAGGCGAAAAGGGUCUGCCAGGACAUCCCGGACCGAGGGGCAAGGACGGUUAUCCUGGUCCAGUUGGGCCUGUAGGAUUCAAGGGUGAUAGAGGAGAUGACGGACUUCCCGGUUUGAUGGGAACGCCCGGCCUGAAAGGAGACUCUGGAAUUCCUGGUGACCAAGGACCACGCGGUUUGCCUGGACCUCCCGGUCUUCCUGGUGGUGGACGAGGCACUGCCGGUCCUCCCGGACCCCCUGGACCAAGAGGAUUGCCCGGAGUUUCGGGCCUCCCCGGAAAAGACGGACACCAAGGUGAACUGGGACCCCGUGGUCUCCAGGGUCCUCCCGGAGGACCGGGUCUUCCAGGACAGGCUGGUCGGGAGGGACCUCCGGGCCCGAAGGGAGAUAAAGGCGACCCCGGUCUUGAGGGACUGCCCGGUCUGGAUGGACCCCAGGGGCACCCCGGCGCCAUUGGCCCCAAGGGAGAACCAGGCCCUAAGGGGGUUCCCGGUAUCUCCUAUCCCGGAAUCAAGGGCAUGGACGGUAGCAACGGUCUGGACGGCGUUCCUGGUGCCAAAGGAGAGAGGGGACCGAGAGGAGAACGAGGUGCUCCUGGUGACUCCCUCAAUGGAAUUCCCGGACCCCCGGGUCCUCAAGGACCCAAGGGUGACAAAGGCUUUGACGGACAUCCGGGAACACACGGCACUCCUGGAACUCCAGGGCACAAAGGCGAACCUGGCGGCAGCUGCCUGUCAUGUAUCCCUGGUGCGAAGGGAGAGAAGGGAGAGCGCGGUUUGGACGGAGCGAAGGGUCAGGUCGGAGCUCGGGGCCAAGUUGGACCACAGGGACCCCCUGGGGAGAGAGGGGACGAUGGACCCCCCGGACGGGCUGGAGCACCUGGUGAAGAAGGACUUCCGGGAGCACCCGGACGCGAUGGACCUAAGGGUGACAAAGGAGAACCAGCUCGCAUCAGCCCCGGAGAGUUUCCACCUGGAAUAGGCCAAAAGGGAGAUCGAGGAAACGACGGAGCUCCCGGACCCCGAGGCUUUGAUGGACGAGACGGACCACCAGGACCCCCUGGCCCCGAUGGCCUGAGAGGACUCAAGGGAGAAAAAGGUCAAGCCGGACCACCAGGCGCCCCCGGUAUUCCUGGUGCGGACGGGCGUCCCGGAUCGCUUGGACAGAAGGGCGAGCCCGGGUAUGGAUACCCCGGCACGGCGGGAGACAGAGGACUACCAGGAGCCAGAGGACCGCCGGGAGAAAAGGGCGCCAAGGGAGAGCGUGGUCCUCCAGCUCCCGGAAAUGUAAUCGGGCCCAUCCCGGGACCACCUGGACCUCCCGGUCCUCGCGGUAGGGAUGGUCUCGACGGACUUCCGGGACCUCCCGGACGGGACGGAUUUCCUGGAAACGAAGGCGUCCUUGGACUCAAGGGCGACAAGGGAGAUGCUGGAUUCCCAGGCAUGCCAGGCCCAAGAGGUCUUCCGGGACCAAGAGGAGAGAAGGGAGAGACAGGCCCCAUGGGGUUCCCUGGCGAACUAGGACUGAAGGGUCACCCAGGACAGCCCGGUCCCAUGGGCCCACCAGGCCCCACAGGAGACCCCGGAUUCCCCGGCUCUGGUCUGCCAGGUCCCCCUGGCGCCCCGGGUUACGAAGGACAGAAGGGAGAAAGAGGAUACCCUGGAAUACCCGGCGGAAUAGGCGAACCUGGACUCCCCGGAUUCCCUGGCGAGAAAGGUGACACCGGUUUCCCCGGCUUGCCCGGUCUUGCUGGUGAGAAAGGAAGUAAGGGAGACGCAGCUCUUGAGGGGGCCCCCGGACCCCCUGGACCCCCCGGUAUCACCGGACCCGUGGGACCCAAAGGCGACCGAGGAUACCCCGGCGACUCUGGAAACCCUGGAUUCCCGGGCCUUCCUGGAGCGAAGGGCGAGGGAGGACUCCCUGGUCUUCCUGGACUCCCCGGAUACGACGGACAACCGGGUCUACCCGGAGAGCCGGGAAGGGACAGCUCCUCCGGAUUCCCAGGACUUCCAGGCGAAAAGGGCGACAGAGGGCCUGCCGGCCUACCCGGCCUUCCCGGAGUGCGCGGCAGUGACGGCUUCCCGGGAGCCGCGGGAGAAAAGGGAGACGCGGGCUUCCCAGGCGCCCCUGGCUUCGACGGACCGCCAGGUCUUCCGGGAGUCAAGGGCGAGCCGGGUCUGCCCGGCGCGCCCGGAGAGAAGGGUCUUCCAGGAUUUGCGGCCGAAAAGGGAGAGAGAGGAUUCCCGGGUCUACCUGGUCCAAGGGGACCACCGGGACAACCAGGAGCACCAGGAUUCGACGGAGUCAUGGGACCUAAAGGAGAUGCUGGUCUGCCUGGCCGUGGUCUGCCUGGCCUUCAAGGACUUCCGGGAGACAAGGGAGACGACGGUCGCGAUGGAUUCCCAGGAACUCCGGGCGAGAAAGGCUCCGAGGGUCUUUCCGGAUUCCCGGGAGCAAAGGGAGACCGAGGCUACCCCGGCCUUCCUGGAGCACCGGGUCAGCCGGGCCGUGAUGGCGAGCCCGGCUUCCCCGGACUGAAAGGAAAGGACGGCAAUGAUGGCUUCCCCGGUGCCAAGGGCGACAGAGGAAACGAUGGAUAUCCGGGGGCUCCGGGCCUGCCAGGGCCCGUUGGCCCCGUGGGCCCAGCGGGAUUCCCGGGCUUGGACGGCAUAAGGGGUCUCAAGGGAGACCGCGGUUACCCUGGCCUUCCAGGUGAGAAAGGAGAGAAAGGCUUCAAGGGAGACGAAGGCACCCCAGGCUUCCCAGGAGUUCCGGGAGAGAAAGGAACGCGAGGCUACGAUGGAACACCAGGACUUCCAGGGGAAAAGGGUGACCGAGGAUUCCCAGGAGCGCCAGGGCUCAAUGGUCUCGACGGAGAGCGAGGCUUCCCAGGUGAGCCAGGAGCUCCGGGUCUGCAAGGCCCGCCGGGCCGAGGAGGCGUAGGAGCCAAUGGAGAGAAGGGCGACCGGGGCCGACCGGGUGCCGACGGUUUCCCUGGACUACCUGGACUCAAGGGUGACGCCGGACUGCCCGGCUUCCCCGGGGAGAGGGGUCCUCCCGGAGAGUCCAGUGCUGGUGACAUGCCCGGUCCCAAGGGUGACCGAGGAUUCCCCGGAGCCCCGGGACUUCCAGGCAGGGACGGCUACCCCGGCCCCAAGGGGCUGGACGGCUUCCCAGGCCUUCCGGGAGAGAAGGGAGACGCCGGGUACCCGGGGCCCCCUGGACUACCAGGACCAUCAGGUCCAUCUGGCUUACCAGGUCAAGACGGGUUCCCCGGACCACCGGGAGUCAAGGGAGAUAAGGGUGACGCUGGUUUCCCUGGAAUUCCUGGUCUUGCUGGACUGAAAGGAGAUGCCGGGUAUCCUGGACUACCUGGUCUGGACGGACCCCCCGGUAUCAACGGAUUACCCGGGCAGAAAGGAGAACCCGGACCAGCCAACAUUCUGCAGGGCGACAAAGGAGACCGAGGUUUACCUGGCCUCCCGGGAGCCUCUGGUCCCCCUGGACCCAAGGGAUUCGACGGCCUACCAGGCUUCCCAGGCCUGAAGGGAGAACUCGGUCGGCCGGGACCACCGGGACUUCCGGGACCCGUUGGACCGAUUGGCCAGAAGGGCGACAGGGGUCUUCCAGGUCUUCCAGGAGCGCCGGGUCUGAAUGGCGUCGCAGGUCCCCCUGGCAACCCCGGCCCCGUGGGUCUGCCCGGCGGAGACUACCUCAUGGGCAUCCUUCUCGUGAGGCAUAGCCAGUCGUCCACCGUGCCCACUUGCUUCAACGGAAUGACGCAGCUGUGGGACGGCUACUCGCUGCUUUACAUCGAGGGCAACGAGAAAUCUCACAACCAAGAUUUGGGUUACGCUGGAUCCUGUCUCCGGAGGUUCAGCACGAUGCCUUUCUUGUUCUGCGACUUCAACAGCGUGUGCAACUACGCCAGCCGAAACGACAAGUCCUACUGGCUCUCGACCAAUGCCCCGAUUCCCAUGAUGCCAGUGGGUGAAGCCACUAUCCAGCAAUACAUCAGUCGCUGCGUCGUAUGCGAGGCGCCAGCCAAUGUCAUCGCCGUGCACAGUCAGUCCAUGUCCAUUCCGGAGUGUCCAUCAGGCGGCUGGAACCAACUGUGGAUUGGAUACAGCUUCGCCAUGCACACCGCAGCCGGUGCAGAGGGCGGCGGACAGUCCCUGUCCAGCCCCGGCUCGUGUCUGGAGGACUUCCGUGCCACGCCGUUCAUCGAGUGCAACGGCGCCCGUGGCACGUGCCACUACUUUGCCAACAAGCUGAGCUUCUGGCUGUCCACCAUCGAGCAGGACUUCCAGUUCGAGCGGCCCGUCAGUGAGACCCUCAAGGCUGGCAAGCUUCGUAACCGCGUCAGCCGCUGCGCCGUUUGUAUCAAGGACUCGAAUGUGGGCCUCUAAGAGUGAAAGCGUAGAAAAAAGAAAGGCGGGAAAAGAAAAAGAAAAUUACGCGAAAGACAAGAAAGGCGCCAUUUUUUUUUCUGCAACACUUAAAUUAGAGAGAUUUUUAUUGUUGUUGUUGUUAUUAUUGUUUUCCUCCUCUUUUUUGUUUCCCCUUCUCAUCGGCACAAGUGUCUUCCUGGCUUGUCCUCUUGCGGUUUUUGUUAUUCAGGAAAGCAAAGGGCGCAUUUGUACAUGUCUCCAUCAUAGCUCUUCUAUUUGUGGGGUGCUGUUUUUUUUUUUUUUUUUACGUUGUUCUUUACAAAAAAAUAAAUAAAAAAGCAUUGUUUUUCAUAUAUAUUUUCGGUCGCCCAUCGUACUUGUGGGGUAGAACAGCUGUUUAGUGAAUUGCUAAGUCAAGCAGAGUUUAUCGUGCACACAUAAAACGGACAAACUUAACAUAAGUAGGCGAAAGCACUCAUCACAUUACACCUAAAAGAGCAGUUGCAUUCGAUAGCUCUAGUUGUUCAAUUGUUUUAUUAUCUGACAUAGGAACGGGCAUCGCUAAUCGAAAACUUUAUUUAAGGUUUACCUUUUUGUGUUCAUUGAGCAAAAUGCAAUGCCAUUUGCAAUACAGAUACAUAUCUACAUACGCUGGGGGAAAGACUUUCAUGCGAACAGACACGACUCACACAAACACUGCUGCUUGUGCAAGGUAAUCAACCAGUCCUCUUUCCCUCCUCGAGCUACGUGCUGCAUUUCUUGUAACACUGCCAUUUUUAUAUUACGAGACCAAUUUGUUUUGGCCGUGAAAUCUCAUUGUGUGACGUCGAACGUGUUGUCCGCCGGAACAGCGCAGCCUAGAAAUGUUUUCCUACGUACCAUGUUUGCGGCUUGUGGGUCUGGGAAACACUGCCAAUGAACUAUGAACUAGUCGCUCUGUGUAAAAAUAAAAAUUUAUGUUGCAUAAAAAUAAAACAAUGCUAAGCAUUUUUAUGUUCCUA